UUUUUUGACUCUUGACUGCAAUGGACGACAUACUUGAACAACCUAGUUCUGAAGCUCCUCCACCAAAACUCGAUGAUAAUCCGGAUGAACAGUCGUCGGGAGAUGAAGAUGAAGGCCCCGACUGGACCAAGUUGAAGAUAGGAAUCUCUCGCCCCGUCAUCCCCAAGCGCGGUGAAAAAGAACACGAGCCUGCAGCUGGCGGAGAGAGUGGGCUGCAGCAGCAUAUUUUACAACGGUCAAGAAAUGCAAUGUUUGAGGCGUUGAGAGCGACACGGACGAUCUCCAGCAAGACGGUGAGCUAUGGAAUAUGGCAUCCAUCCCUUGCGCGUGUUUCCGUACCUGUUGCUCGAGGAACCCACUUUUCAAGCAUGGGCCAUUCUGCAUCGCGUCUGGCGAAGGAUAAAGAGAAGCCUACAAAACACGUAUCUGGAGCUCCAAUGAGUGUGCAGCAGGUAUACGCCGAGAUGAUUGGGAUGGAGGAUGUCACCGUAGAGAAAUAUCAGGUUUACUCCUACCUCAGGCGACUGGGAUAUGUUGUCACCAGGACCGUACCACCUACGUCGGAAUAUCCUGCGGCAGCGCCAUUUGAGAAGAUGUGUCCACUUGGACAACCGAGACCUUCUAUCUUUGAGCGAAUCCGGUUAACGUUCUUUACCUGGAUACUCAAGUUCUUCACAUCUGCCUUUAACUGCCGUUGGUUCUAUCAUGACAAGAACUAUGGGCAUGUCUUUCGUUCUUUAAGGUUCAUGCCGGCGGGACAUCAGCUACCGUUACGCCAAUCAAAGGAGGAGGAUUCUCCUUACAAACCAUUCUACAACCUUUACAAGCCUCCUACGCCAUUCAAGAAAACGUCACCUCCACCUCCCGAUUUUCAGAUCGUCGUGAUCAACACUCGAACAACGCCCAUGCCUUCCCUUCGAGAAUUGACUGACCUCUUCGAUAUCUCACCCGAAUUGCCCAUACCUCUACCAAAAAGACCCCCUCCGCCUCGACCAGCACUUCCACCUCUUCCCUGCGCCGCGACCCAGGGACCACCCGCGCGCCGACCACAUCCGUUUGUGGCACUUAGGGCAGGGAAGAAAACCGUGGUCAUCGCUGCAGUAGAUUCAGGAAACAUCAGUUUCUUCCGCUUCAUGCAGGGCGCAUUCAUGGACGUACCAAUGGCGUAACAUGAUACGCUCUUUCGGUGCUUCGGUAAAAAGAAUGUAUAAUGUAAAUUGUAGAGCACGCGGAUUGCUGUAUCCCUUCAGUUAUAUAUGCAUUCACAACCACCACAGGAGCUUUUACUAUUCAAGUAGACGAAAACGUCAAUGGUUGGAUCGUGGUGCUAUUUGUUUCAUUAAACAACCUACAAUUUAAAAGUGUGUUGAAAAGUCUAUUAAUGUGACACGGAGAGCUUAGGUCUAUGCGGCGGUGGUCAACGCUUCCCUCCUUCAAACUAGACCCUACAUAGCGAAUUCUAUUUCUUCGUAAUUGGCCUUUGUAUAGGUUGGCCUAGCUUUCAGAAUCGUAAGCCCGAGCCCUGAGCCCAAACCAUG